AAAAUUCUCUUCCUGAACUUGAGUCAGUUUCACUUUCUGUUCUACCUGCCAGCGGCGGAGACGUGAGGGCUGGGCGAGCCAGAAGAGGAAAACAAGUAGUUUAAGUCUUCACUAGUUUUUAUUUUGCCUCUAACAUCACCUAUAAAGUACCCUCCUUACCAUUAAGCCGAAUCGAGGACGUGUCUGUUGGAUGCAGACAGGACUGCAGCGACGCGACCUGGUGUAAUUAUGGCUUCUGAAGUUACACCGGGAGUCAAUUUGAAAGAAGCAGAGGAACUGGCCCUCUCUCUGAGUGAAGCCCUCAGCAGCGGGGACGGGCAGGAAGCAGUCAGGCUGUGCCAGAAACUGUCACAACUCUAUGUUCCAGUGUCUGUCAGCAUCAACAGUCAGGCCUACCCUCAGGACUCCAUAAGGUUGUGGGUUGGAGUGGAGGAUGGUCAGUCAGAUACCUACAUCCCAGUAACCAUUGUGGUCUCUUGUGACAUGACAAUUGCACAACUUAAAGAAAAGAUCAGCCACGACUUUGGGUUCUCCCCCACGCUGCAGCGCUGGGUGAUAGGGAAGCGGCUGGCUCAGGACCGGGAGACGUUGUACAGCCACGGUGUCCGUCAGAGUGGAGACAAGGCGUUCCUGUUCAUCCUCUCCGCCCAUGCUGCUCAUCUCACACGGCAGCAACACAAACUGGACCAGGAGCAACAACGCAUAGAGGGUCAGUAA